AUGAUGCUACGAGGAAACCUGAAGCAAGUGCGCAUUGAGAAAAACCCGGCCCGCCUUCGCGCCUUGGAGUCGGCGGCUGGAGAGAGCGAGCCGGCGUCCGCCAUGGCGCUCGCGCUGGCCGGGGAGCCGGGGCUACCCGGCCCCGCGCCCCCGGAGGACCGUCCCGACGAGGAGAUGGGCUUCACCAUCGACAUCAAGAGCUUCCUCAAGCCAGGGGAGAAGACGUACACGCAGCGCUGCCGCCUCUUCGUAGGGAACCUGCCCACCGACAUCACCGAGGAGGACUUCAAGAGGCUCUUCGAGCGCUACGGCGAGCCCAGCGAGGUCUUUAUCAACCGGGACCGCGGCUUCGGCUUCAUCCGCCUGGAAUCCAGAACACUGGCUGAAAUUGCAAAAGCAGAGCUGGAUGGCACCAUUUUGAAGAGCAGACCUCUACGAAUUCGUUUUGCUACACAUGGAGCAGCCCUAACUGUCAAGAACCUUUCUCCAGUUGUUUCCAAUGAGCUUCUAGAGCAAGCGUUUUCCCAGUUUGGUCCAGUAGAGAAAGCCGUUGUGGUUGUGGAUGAUCGUGGUAGAGCUACUGGAAAAGGUUUUGUAGAAUUUGCAGCAAAACCUCCUGCACGAAAGGCUCUGGAAAGAUGUGGUGAUGGGGCGUUCUUACUAACAACGACUCCUCGGCCAGUCAUUGUGGAGCCUAUGGAGCAGUUUGAUGAUGAAGAUGGCUUGCCAGAGAAGCUAAUGCAGAAAACUCAACAAUAUCAUAAGGAAAGAGAACAGCCGCCACGUUUUGCUCAGCCUGGGACAUUUGAAUUUGAGUAUGCAUCUCGAUGGAAGGCUCUUGAUGAAAUGGAAAAGCAGCAACGUGAGCAGGUUGAUAGAAACAUCAGAGAAGCCAAAGAGAAAUUGGAGGCAGAAAUGGAAGCAGCUAGGCACGAACACCAAUUAAUGCUAAUGAGGCAAGAUCUAAUGAGACGUCAGGAAGAACUCAGACGCUUGGAAGAACUCAGAAACCAAGAGCUGCAAAAAAGGAAGCAAAUACAGCUAAGACAUGAAGAAGAGCAUCGUCGUCGCGAGGAAGAAAUGAUCCGACACAGAGAACAGGAGGAGCUGAGGCGGCAGCAAGAGGGCUUUAAGCCAAACUAUAUGGAAAAUAGAGAACAGGAAAUGAGAAUGGGUGAUAUGGGUCCCCGUGGAGCAAUAAACAUGGGAGAUGCAUUUAGCCCAGCACCUGCUGGUAACCAAGGUCCUCCUCCAAUGAUGGGUAUGAAUAUGAACAACAGAGGAACUAUACCUGGCCCACCAAUGGGUCCUGGUCCUGCCAUGGGACCAGAAGGAGCUGCAAAUAUGGGAACUCCAAUGAUGCCAGAUAAUGGAACAGUGCACAAUGAUAGAUUUCCGCAAGGACCACCAUCACAGAUGGGAUCUCCUAUGGGUAGUAGAGCAGGUUCUGAAACCCCUCAAGCACCAAUGAGUGGUGUAGGUCCUGUUAGUGGUGGUCCUGGUGGUUUUGGUAGAGGAAGCCAAGGGGGCAACUUUGAAGGCCCUAAUAAGCGUCGUAGAUAUUAAAAGCUCUUUCAUUCCUGGCUGUCUGGAGAAAAAAAUUUGGUGGUAUGCCUUUACAAUUUUACCUGUUACCUGGAAGAAAUGGUUUUAUUGUUAAUGUAUGCAGACUUUAAAGUUUUUCUUUUGUACAACUUGAGGUUUUUGUAUUUUUCUUUAUUCAUAAGCUUUGUAGAUUAGAAUGGUAAUGAUGAUGCUCAUCAUUGUGAAUGUUAAAAUGUGUGUGACUUUACCUAAAUAUAAGUAUGCCAUAGUACUGUGAAAUCUGUGUAGUUACUUACUCAAUAAAGAAAUCAUUUUGGAUAAUUUAAAAA